CAAGAAAAUAAAUAAAACAUUUUUUUGUUAACUUUAAAGUAAUGUGUAUUGUAGAUAUGGCUCUGUUUUGGGUAUUAUUGGUCAAUGCACUUCUCCUCGUUGAUGCCUCAUCAAGAGAUAUGCCAUUUGCUUACCAAAAUGAUUUGCAAAGGCAUUGUAGCUCCACAACGUACACUUCUCUUUGUGUCCAAAACUUACGAGAGUUUCGACAUGGGUCUCUUCAAGGUCUCGACUUUGUGUCUUUCCUUGUUAACAAGACUAUUUCUCACUCCAAUAUGCUAACUCCUCCUCUUUCCUCUUCUAUGAGUUCAUCCGAACUCGUUUCUCUGGAAGUUUCCGAUGAUACGUUGCCUUCAACUUCGGUCUCAGAUUAUUGUGAACGGCUCAUAAAGAUGUCCACAAGACGACUUGGACAAGUCAUGGAAGCUCUCAACAGCUCCUCUAGAAAGCGUCACAGCAAACACGACGUCCAAACAUGGCUCUCGGCCGCCAUGACAUUCCAACAAGCUUGCAAAGAUUCCAUCCUUGACUCCGGUGACUCCUCUUCCUCCUCCAUCAGCCGUAUGACACAGAAGAUGGAUCACCUCUCUCGGCUUGUCAGCAACUCCUUGGCCCUCGUCGACACAAUCAUGGAGAAUCCAAAGCCGGAGACAAAGUCAACAGUUCUUCCCAGAUGGGUCACUGCCGGAGAACGGAGACUUCUAGUGGGUAGAGAAAGAGCACACGUGGUAGUCGCCAAAGACGGAUCCGGAGAUUACCGGACCGUGAUGGAGGCCGUGACGGCUGCGCAUGGACAUGGCAGGUUCAUUAUUUACGUGAAAAGAGGGGUUUAUAAAGAGAAAGUAAGUAUCCAUAAACAUGAGAUUACUUUGAUCGGAGAAGGCAAAGACCAGACGGUGAUUGUCGGCGGCGAUAGUUACGCCGGAGGAACUUCAGUGCCGGACACCGCUACAAUGACCGUUACGGGUGACGGAUUCAUCGCACGAGACAUCGGAAUAAAGAACAAUGCAGGGCCUAGAGGACAACAAGCCAUAGCAUUGAGCAUCACAUCAGACCAGUCAGUGUUAUACCGAUGUAGCAUCUCCGGUUAUCAAGACACACUCUAUGCAGCUGCCCUACGUCAGUUCUAUAGAGAAUGCGAUAUAUACGGAACCAUAGAUUUCAUAUUCGGAAACGCUGCUGCGGUUUUCCAAAGCUGCAACAUAUUCUUGCGUCGCCCUUACGGUGUCAAGGCCUAUAACGUUAUUCUCGCUAACGGGAGGACGGACCAGCGUCAAAACAGCGGAUUCGCGCUUCAUAGUUGUAGGAUCAGGACGGAUACAGAUCUUUCUCCCGUGAAACAUAGGUAUAGCUCAUACUUAGGACGGCCGUGGAAGAUGUAUUCAAGGGCUGUAGUGAUGGAGUCGUAUAUUGACGACGCGAUAGCCGAGGAAGGAUGGGCCGGGUGGUUAAACUCUGGAGACGAGGUACUAAAGACAUUGUACUUUGGAGAGUUCAAGAACUAUGGUCCUAAAGCUAGAGUUUCCAAGAGAGUAACGUGGUCAGGGUUUCACUUGAUUGGGUUUGAAGAGGCAAGUUAUUUUAGCGUUGGUAAAUUCAUUGAUGGUGUUAACUGGUUGCCCACUACGGGAGUUAGUUUCACUUCUGGGAUUUAAUUAGCGGAAAAAAAAAAAAAAGACGUGACGAAUGUUCUAAAAGAUUAACAUCGAAUGGUAAGUUCAAUUUUACAUGGUCAUGAUAUUUGGUACAA